AUGCCGCCAAACUCGGACUGGGACUCCAACCCCGAGUUGGAAAGUGCUGUGUGGCAGGCCUCACAGAGACUUUCGCCGGCGAUGGCCAAGAAGAUAUACGGAUUCAUGAAGCGGACAUGGAGCACCGCGCUUGCGGAGCUGCGGAAGGACGACAAGGCACCUGAUCGGCCCGAGGAUCGUCGCACCCACUUCGUCAGGGCAUGGAUUUCCGACACUCUGUGGAGACUGUAUCAAGCCGGUGACAACUGGUCUGCGGAUGCUUCUAGCAUGGGGAUCGACACCGCGGAGGCAGAGGACAUCUUCAGUAGAGUGCUUUCAAAGCCUCGUGUGCUCCCUGACGAGGCAGGGGGACGCUUGCCCGUUCCACCGCGACAGUGGCACGUGGUGACCCAGGCCGUGGAGGACACCUUCGAGGAGCUCUCCGAGGCAAAGCCGCGUCUGCCGGACUUCCGCGUCGGGCCCCCUUUCUUUCUUGACGAGGCCAGGGUUGUGGAUGCGGCCGAGAGGAAGAAGAAGCGAGACUUGGAGCACAUUGUGCUGAGCCACCCGACCGGGAAAGCCGAAGCCCGCGAAAGGUGCGAGGUAGAUCGCUUCAUGGUAGCGGAGAUCUUCGGAGUUCAAAGCUACCCGCCAUGGCCCAGGAAGCACCUCUUCUACAGCCGGCGGCACCAGCUGCAAACGGCCUAUCGGAAGCUCAAGAGCUUUGAUGGCAAGGAGGAGCACUGGUCCACAUGGAGCUUUGUGGCCCGUUCCUAUCUCACCUGGCUGAGCCUUGAUUUCGCUAGCUUGAUGGAGAUGGCCGAGAAAUGCAAGGCCCUUUCGAUCAUGAUGAAGCGUGGCGAAGUUGAACGACUUCGAGGCAUGGAAGAUCUGAAGAAGUUUACUCGCGACUGGCUGCAGAGUGGACCUUCGCCAAUGGAUGUCGGCGCGAUCGACUACGGCAAGAAAGGAGGUGGGAAAGACAUGGGCAAGAGGGGUGGGGGCAUCGUCGGCGAGAUUGCUGGGCAAAAGCUGCCGAAGGGAGCCAGCAAAGGCAAGCAAGGACAAGGGCGGGAAGCGGCGAUUGAAGGCCAGGCCGAGACCGGGACAGCAGCCGCAAUCAUCUAUGACCUUGAUGGCUCCGAGGCGGACAGCCAGGAGAGCUAUGCCGAGGCAGGGGCGGAGGUGAGUUGA